ACAACAACUUCCGCGACAAUCCUACGGAGAUAAGCAAAUCAAAGAAUGAGGAAGAAAGUAGACGAACGUAUCAGAACUCUCAUUGAAAAUGGUGUCAAAUCAAGGCAUCGUUCCAUGUUUGUAAUCAUCGGAGAUAAGUCCCGGGAUCAGAUAGUGAAUCUCCACUACAUGUUAAGUAAGGCGACGAUCAAAUCCAGGCCAAAUGUGCUCUGGUGCUACAGAGAUAAACUUGAGCUCAGCAGUCAUAGGAAAAAACGUGCAAAGCAAGUUAAAAAGUUGAUGCAGAGGGGGCUUUUGGAUCCUGAGAAGGUCGAUCCUUUUUCUCUUUUUCUCGAAACUGGAGGAAUAACAUAUUGUUUGUACAAAGAUUCAGAAAGGAUUCUUGGUAAUACAUUCGGAAUGUGUAUACUUCAGGAUUUUGAAGCUUUGACCCCCAAUCUGCUUGCAAGAACCAUAGAAACAGUGGAGGGUGGUGGAUUAAUAAUCUUGCUGUUACGUUCCUUAUCCUCAUUGACCAGUCUUUACACCAUGGUCAUGGAUGUUCAUGAAAGGUAUCGAACAGAAUCCCAUUUGGAGGCAGCUGGUCGCUUUAAUGAACGCUUUUUAUUGUCACUUGCAUCAUGCAAAGCAUGCGUUUUAAUGGAUGACGAGAUGAAUGUACUACCAAUUUCCUCCCAUAUAAGGUCAAUUACUCCAAUUCCAGUGAAAGAGGACUCAGAGGGGCUUCCUGAAGGAGAAUGGGACCUUAAGAAUCUGAAAGAACAGCUAAGUGAUGAGUUCCCUGUUGGCCCUCUUAUAAAGAAGUGUUGUACGCUGGACCAGGGAAGGGCUGUUGUAACAUUUUUGGAUGCAAUUUUGGAUAAGACACUUCGAUGUACAGUUGCAUUGCUUGCUGGUCGUGGUCGGGGCAAAUCAGCUGCUUUAGGAUUGGCAGUUGCUGGGGCUGUUGCUGCUGGGUACUCCAAUAUUUUUGUUACUGCACCCAGUCCUGAGAAUCUGAAAACAUUGUUCGACUUUGUUUGCAAGGGUCUGAAUGCAGUUGAAUAUAAGGAACAUAUAGACUUUGAUGUGGUGAAGAGUACCAACCCGGAAUUCAAGAAAGCAACAGUGCGCAUUAAUAUCUAUAAACAACACAGACAAACAAUUCAGUACAUACAGCCACAGGAGCAUGAAAAACUCUCUCAGGUUGAGCUGUUGGUUGUUGAUGAAGCAGCAGCCAUACCGUUGCCAGUUGUUAAAUCUUUACUUGGUCCUUACUUAGUCUUCCUUUCAUCUACUGUGAAUGGGUAUGAGGGUACUGGUCGAUCAUUAUCAUUAAAGCUCUUGCAGCAGUUGGAGGAGCAAAGCCAGGUUUCGAAUAAGAGUGUGGAAGGCUCUGUCUCUGGUCGUUUGUUCAAAAAGAUAGAACUAAGUGAAUCCAUUCGAUAUGCUUCUGCGGAUCCUAUUGAGCUAUGGCUCCAUGGUUUGCUUUGCUUAGAUGUGACCAGUUCAAUCCCGCCUAUUAACAGAUUGCCUCCGCCAGGUGAGUGUGACCUCUACUAUGUAAAUCGAGACACACUCUUUUCCUACCACAGAGAUAGUGAGCUGUUUUUGCAGCGAAUGAUGUCCCUUUACGUUGCUUCUCACUACAAAAACUCUCCCAACGAUUUGCAACUGAUGGCAGAUGCGCCAGCACACCAUCUAUUUGUAUUGCUUGGCCCAGUUGAUGAGACAAGUAAUCAACUUCCAGAUAUUUUGUGUGUUGUUCAGGUCUGCCUUGAAGGACAAAUCUCGCGUAAAUCUGCUAUGAAAAGCUUGAGUGCUGGUCAUCAGCCAUUUGGGGACCAAAUACCAUGGAAAUUUUGUGAACAGUUUCGGGAAGCAAAUUUUCCCAGUCUUUCUGGUGCUCGAAUAGUACGGAUUGCAACCCAUCCAAGUGCCAUGAGGCUUGGAUAUGGAUCACAAGCAGUAGAACUUUUGACCAGGUACUUUGAAGGUCAGUUUGCUCCUAUUACUGAAGUUGAAAUAUCAGAUGAGGAUGUUCAGGCUCAUGUUAGAGUUACCGAAGCUGCAGAAAAGGUUUCAUUAUUGGAAGAAAGCAUAAAGCCUAGAACUAAUCUUCCUCCCCUGCUGGUAUCUCUCCGUGAACGACGACCUGAAAAACUUCAUUAUAUUGGUGUUUCUUUUGGACUCACGUUGGAUCUUUUUCGCUUUUGGAGGAGACAUAAAUUUGCCCCAUUCUACAUUGGCCAGAUUCCAAGUACUGUGACGGGUGAGCAUACAUGCAUGGUCCUAAAGCCUUUGAACAAUGAUGAAAUUGAAGCUAAUGAAUCUGCACAAUGGGGCUUUUUUGGUCCAUUUUACCGAGAUUUCAGGUUAAGGUUUAUUAGACUCUUGGGUAUUAGUUUCCCUGGAAUGGAAUAUAAGCUAGCAAUGAGUGUCUUGGAUCCAAAAAUUAACUUCACGGAACUAGAUCCUUCUGAGGAUACUAUUGGAGAAUUUUUAAAUGCAAUAAGAUAUCUUAUGUCCGCCCAUGAUAUGAAGCGGUUGGAAGCCUAUGCAGACAAUCUUGUUGAUUUCCACUUGAUACUAGAUCUUGUUCCAUUACUUGCUCAAUUGUAUUUCAUGGAGAAACUUCCAGUUACUUUGUCGUACGCACAGGCAUCUGUGUUGCUCUGUACUGGACUGCAGUUAAGGAAUAUUACUUAUAUUGAGGGACAAAUGAAGUUGGAGAGGCAGCAGAUACUAUCACUUUUUAUCAAAGUCAUGAAAAAGUUUCAUAAGUAUCUUUAUGGAAUUGCAUCCAAGGAGAUAGAAUCGACUAUGCCACGUAUGAGAGAGAUUCCACUGGAACCCCAUGAAAUCUCUGUGGACGAUGAUCUCCAUGAAGCUGCAAAACAAGUUGAGGAGAAAAUGAAAAUGAAUAAUGAGGGAUUGUUAGAUGUUGGGAUGCUGCAGCAGUAUGCCAUUGUGGAUGGAGAUGUUGAUUUUGCUGGUGCUUUGCAAAGUGGUGGUGGAAAGGUUCCAUCUGGUGGAGUUGUAAGUGUAAAAUCUAAUAAAACCAAAGCAGAGAAGCAAGGGAAAAGGAAAGAAAAAGAUCAAAGCAGUAAAAAGCGAAGUAAAGAUGAUGGUUACAAAUCAAAUAAGAAGAAGAAGGUUUAAACCAAGUCGUAACAAGCAGUAACCAUUACAGAUUUGAGUUCAAAACAACACAAAAGAUGAGACUGUUAAGUAAUGGCUAAUUAGCCUUGAUUUUGUACCAUUAUUGUUUAGGUUAAAGUUGCGACUCUUACUAUCUAUGUAUUCCUUUUUCCUUGAGAAUGUUGGCCCGUUGUUUCUGUGACUUCCAUCAUUAAAUGUAAUUUAUAGGUUUUAUUUUUUAA